UAUAGAGCGAGAGAUGAUGGCGGGGGCGGGGGGAGCUCCCGCUCUGAGCUGUGAUUGGCUGCGCCCGACGAGGUCUCUCGCGCUGAUUGGCCGGCAGGGAAAGAGAAGUUAAAGACCUUGAGCAACUUUGUAAGAGUCGGCAGGAGGGCGAGUCCGAAUGAGCAGCAGGUAAGAUGCUCCUGGGGCUUCGGAAAGGGCUGCAUCCUCCUGAAAGGGGUUUGCCCGCCUGGUGCCAAUAUGCGCCAUUUAUCUAGAGGUUUGGUUUUAAUUAAUUAAUUAAUUAAUUAACUAAUCAUGCUUCAAUAUAUCCUUUUCAAAUGCCGUUUUGCAGAGCUGCGAUCAAGGAACUGCUCCUGCAAAAGUAGGAGGGGAAUCUUAUCCGUAGCCAGAGAUCCGCGUUGGUUUCCCCAGCCUUUGUGUGUGCAGCUAUUUGCUUCCCAGCUAAUAAUAAUAAUAAUAAUAAUAAUAAUAAUAAUUUAUUAUUUAUACCCCGCCCAUCUGGCUGAGUUUCCCCAGCCGCUCUGGGCGGCUUCCAAUCGAGUGUUAAAAACAAUACAACAUUAAAUACGGCUUGCCACAUCGAUAUUGUUCCCUUCGUUAUUCUGCUAUGUAUGUUUGUAGGGUUUUGUUUUAUUAAAAUGAAAAAACUGUAUAGAAAUAGGGCAGUAUAGGAAUUAGAUCAAUCAGUAAAUUACAUUUAACUGCUUGAGCGCACAUCUCUUGGGAGUUGUUCACAUUUCAGCUGUUGAGAACUGAAGUGUUGGGAUUCUUUCCUGGGGAGAGAAACAAGGAACUAGCUGCUACCCAAGGCCAAGAGACAAAGCCCGUUGGCGCUUUGUAAAAAUUCUUUCACAUCUGCCACGUUGUUGUUUUUAUUUACUUAUUAUUUGAUGUGUUCAUAUCCCACCUUUUUCUCCACGGAGCUCAAGGUGCCUAUGUGGUUCUUCUCACGCUCCUCAUUUAAAUCCCCCUCAGCAACCCUGAGAGGUAGGUUAGGCUGAGAGGCUUUGACUGGCUCCUCAAGCGAGCUUCGUAGCUGAGUAGGGAAUCGAACCGUGGCCUCCGAGGGUUCACCAUGCUAACCAUUGCACCACCACUGGCAGAACCAUCACUGAUCAGCUAUACUAGAAUGGGACAGACACCUAGCAUUAUGUACUUUGUGGUUUUAUAUUCUGAUUUUAUACUGUGAAAUGCCCUGAGACCUGUAGGUAUAGGGUGGUAUAUAAAUUCAAAUAAUAAUAAUAGCAGUCUUCUACUGCAAGCUCUGCGUAUUGGGGCAAGGUGUUUCAUACAAAGGGCCAAGGUAGUUGUGAACUGUGGCAGCCCUCCUAGCUUUUGUGGCAAAGCAAAUUUGAAACUGGAUGCCCUGCUAGCCUCUGUCUUGUGCUUCUGGGGCAUCUUGGUAAUGAGGGUAAUAAUAAUAAUAAUAAUAAUUAAUAAUAAUUUAUUAUUUAUACCCCGCCCAUCUGGCUGGGUUACCCCAGCCACUCUGGGUGGUUUCCAACAAAAUAUUAAAAUACAAUAGUCUGUUAUACAUUAAAAGCUUCCCUAAACAGGGCUGCCUUCAGAUGCCUUCUGAAAGUCUUUGACAUCUGGUGGGAGGGCAUUCCACAGGGUGGGUGCCACUACCGAGAAGGCCCUCUGCCAGGUUCCCUGUAACUUGGCUUCUCGCAGCGAGGGAACCGCCAGAAGACCCUCGGAGCUGGACCUCACUGGUUGGCUCUUUGAUGUGAUUUUCCUGGAGCUGAUGGGCAUUGGAGGACCAGCAGGUGCCUAUCCCUGCCAUAAAGCACACUUAUUUUUAAUCUGUAGGGUGCUGAUGUGUCUAAUGCAAGUACUUUCUUUGUCUGUUUCUUAGGUUUAGCUAACAGUUAUGGGUGAUGCAAAAGAAGUCAAGAUGCAGAUUACACCAGAGUCACCUGGGCAGCUCGCAGUCCAGAACCCCUUUGAAAGCCCAAGUGAUUAUAGCCACCUGCAGGAGCAGAUUGUGUCAAGUCCAACAGUGUUUAAAUCCACAAUAUCCUCUGUGGUAAGACUUGUGGUUUGCCACAUGUUGUCGUGUGUAUUCUGUUUAUUUUCAUGCAUUUGUAUGUCCGAAGUCAUUCAAAUCAGAUCUCUGAUGCACACCUGACCAGUUUGCUCUUUUCCUUUCAAGUUCUUGGAGGAGAGAUGUUUGGGAGAAAUAGACCUUGUAUCUUCUGAGCUGGAAUGGGGGCUGAACUGAUGUCUUAACAUCUAAGAUUAAUAUUGCAGAGCUGGCUGUCAUGGAAGCUAGCUCACUGUUUUUGUAUGGGAAUCUCAAAUCGGCUUCUGAGGAAUCUGAGGGUUCCUCGGAAUACCACUUGAAAACUACCUUUUGUCCAACUAGAUCAGUGGUUCUCAACCUGUGAGUCCCCAGAUGUUGUUGGACUACAACUCCCAUCAUCGCUGAGCUCUGGCCUUGCUAGCUAGGGGUGAUGGGAGUUGUAGUCCAACAACAUCUGGGGACCCACAGGUUGAGAGAGGCUGAACUAGAUGUUCCUGAGGAUGUAUGAUUACUUCUUUAUCUUGAAACAAGGAAGUUGAUUGUGGCAUAUGUCAUUGUAGUGUUUUCUUCCUCCUUUUAGACACCUGCAAAAUUUCGAUGGUCUAUAGAUGAACUAGCUUUAAUAAACCCUGUGGAAAUAGACUCAGAAGACAUACGACGUCAAGCAUUGUAUCUCAGCCAAGCCAGGUCAGUUUUCUUCUACUGCAUUCAGCCAACAGAACUGAUUCUCAAGUUUAAUAAGUCUUUUUCCUUUGACCUGUUGAAAAGUUGCAGCCACCUACCUGGCUUGCUACCCUGAUUAUUCUGUGUCUUGGAGUCGGUUUAUUUUUCUGAAGUAAGCUAACAGUACUGUUUUCCUUUUCCUUUUUUUUAAAUUCACUUUUUAGAAUAGAUAAAGAGAUGGAAGAAAAAAGACAAAAAGCCAUUGAAGAGGUAACCAUCAGUAUUAUGUAUUGAGUUAGAGAUCUUAACGAUACAUGGAGUAUAAUUUAACCUGUAUGUGUAGGUAUUUGGGGCCUGAAGCCUAGUCUCUGCAGAUAGUUCGUCGCAUAGGGAAGCUGUCCCAGGAGUGUAUCAGUUCAUUCUGCUGGGGUGCGCAUGUGGAAAAGGUAGAACAAUCACGUGGGAUGUAGAGUUGGUUGAGAUCACUCUUUAGCCUUUUAACCUGGAGAGGGUUUUUCCUGGUCUUAUUUAUUCAAUAAUCAAUUCAUUAGUCAAUUGCCACAUAAGGAGUCUCCAGGCAAAUUACAAACUUUUAAGGGCAUUACAUAAAAUCAGAAAAAGAACAGUGCAUUACAAUAAAAGCUGGAGCAGUCAGAGAAGGGCCUCAGGUGAAGACUGAAAAUGUGGUUUUGCUAUCCUAUAUUGUUUGUUUGUUUGUUUUUAUGGCAUUUUAUUGUACUUGAGAGUAUGUUUUGUUGUAAUAUAUUGCUGCCUGCUUUGGAUAAAUAUUAAUAAUUAUUAGUAGCACUAUACUAUUUCUCCAUAGUUAAAACAAAGGUAUCUUGCACUUAGAAUGCACUUUUGGUUCUAUGAAGUGCCCUGAGACCUCUGGGUAUAGGGCAGUAUAUAAAUUCAAUAAAUAAUAAUAAUAAAUAAUAAUAGGAAAGGGCUCUAUCAGAGAAAAGGGCUCUAGGCUACUCUUCUCCCUGACACAACUAAGUUUGUAAAAACAAAACACGAUUAUCUCAUUUAGUUUGGCAUGUUCUUCCUGUUGUCUAGGAACUUAGCAGCACACAGUCCACCAAAUAGUUUGAUGUGGAAGCAUUCAGGAAGAACUCUGUCACAGAAUUGUAGUUGAAGGGACCCAGGGGGUCAUCUAGUCCAACCCCCUGCAAUGUGGGAGUUAUGUGAUGUGUUGUUUUUAUUCACCAGUGUUUGGAGUAGGGUACAUUGAACCUGUGCUAAGGUAGCUGUGCGUGCAUUCGCAAUAAACAGGGAGGUUGUGUUAAAUGUUUUUUGGUACGCAGAUGGUGGCAACACUCAAACGUAGGCCAACGUGAAUAAGCAGGAAUUGGCCUCAGUGAGCCUUCGGCUCCUGCAAUUCCCAUGUCACAACUGGGAGCGGUGGGGAGCGGAGGAGUCUGGAAGGUUUUGCUUCUGCUGAACUGCAACUUACGUUACCCAGACCAAGAAACUGUGGUUAGCAUGAAGUGUGACUUGUUUCAAACAAGCCAUCUUUGAGCCAUAGUUACCAAAGCUGGCUUUAUUAGCUAACUGUAGUUAAGAUGAAUCACAUCAUCAGAUCUAACAAACAAACAAAAUUCCUUCCAGUAGCACCUUAGAGACCGAUUAAGUUUGUUAUUGAGCUUUCGUGUGCAGGCACACUUCUUCAGAUAUCUGAAGAAUCUUCUGGUCUUCAGAUAUCUGAAGAAUCUUCUGGUAUCUGAAGAAGUGUGCAUGCACAUGAAACCUCAUACCAAUAACAAACUUAGUUGGUCUCUAAGGUGCUACUGGAAGGAAUUUUUUGGUUUGUUUGUUCUGACUACGGCAGACCAAUACGGCUACCUACUUGUAACUAGAACUAUCAUCAGAUCUAGACAACAUGGCAAGCUGCACUCAAGUCACACCCACUGGCUUCCCCCAAAGAAUCAUGGGAAUUGUAGUUCCUAGGGAUUAUAGCACGGUGAGGAGUAAACUACUCCUUUGUGCUCUAAACUGACUGUCGCCCACAAUGUCAUGGUAAACACAUAACAACAUUUUCCUUUUUUUAGUUCUUCACCAAAAGCAUCAUUGUUCCAUCUCCUUGGACUGAUCACAGUGAGAAACAGGUUUCUCAGUUUAACUCCACUCGGUGUAAGUAUUGUCUCUUGUAUCAAAAUGGGAAAGGUUCGCAUGCAAACCGCUUAGAUAAGGGGUGGGAACCCUCCGUGGGUCACAUUGGGCAUGGUUUUGUGUGGCCUGCACUAUGAGAUUCUAAUAAAACAAGUGAAUUGCGCAACACUGAACCAUGUCCUGCCAGGUAACAUUUGGCUGGAGGAGAGACAUGGAAAAUGACUUCUUCCUCCGAUUGAAGCUGUCAGGGUGGGACUGCGGGACCAAGGAUUCUCCAACUCCACCUGUGUACUAAGCCCUAUUUCUGAGAGUGCCCAAAGUGCUUGGGAACUGAUGCCUAUUAUGCAAUUUCCCACCUGCUGGAAAAGUCUAAAUGUACCAAGCUGAGCAGCUUUUUGGAACUGCCACAUUGACUGAUUUGAACUGCAGCCAAAUGUAAAAUGUGGCAGGCCAGUUUCAAUGCACAGUGGUACCUCAGGUUGCGAACAGGAUCCAUUCCGGAGCCCCAUUUGCAGCCUGAAUGGAACGCAACCCGCAUCUGUGCACGCGCACAUCGCGAUUCGCCGCUUCUGCGCAUGCGUGUGAUGUCAUUUUGCACAUCUGCACAUGUGCAAGCGGCAAAACCCGGAAGUAACCCUUUCCGGUAUUUCCGGGUCGCCACGGGACACAACCUGAAAACUUGCAACCUGAAGCGGAUGUAACAGGAGAUAUGACUGUAUUGGAAAUAUUGUCCCAUUAGCGCAAGCAUAUUGGGACUUUCUUUCCUUGUGCUCCCCUAACCCCACCACCAUGGGUGAACCUGUGUAACAGAUUUGCUGGCAGGAGUUGUGCAAGGAGAGAGGAGAAGUCCUGUUGUGCCAAGUGGAAGUCUGUGCACCAGGAGAACUUGGUUGAAAACAGCUCAUUCCUUUUCCUGUGCACUUGUUCUCCCUAAAUUCUUGGGGUGGUGCUGCAUAUGUUAAAUGAUUCUUCUGUUGUUUCUGCGUUAAUGUUACGCCAGCUUUUAACUGGGAGCUUGAUAUCUUGCAGGUAUCGAUCUAAGUAGCGCUUCGCCGGUUAGCAGAGAAAUCACUGUGCAACCUGGGAGAAACAAUGGUUUGUAUGAAACGAGAUGAGGAGGGGGAAACUUGCUCAGUGCAAUGUGUUGUCUAUUGUGUCUCAAUCUAACUGCAUGCAGAGCACAGCUUCUCAUUCCAUCCAUGCCUGAGAACAAUAUUAAACUGGCCUGUUUGGAAAAAGACAACUUCAAACCAUAGAGUAUAAAACUAGUGUGUUCCAAUUAAAAAGGUAAAAGUACUUUGUUGAAAGUGUCCGACUCUAGGGUUGUGCGCCCAUCUCACUUAAGAGGCCGGGGGCCAGCGCUGUCCGGAGACACUUCCGGGUCACGUGGCUAGCGUGACGAAGCUGCUCUGGCGAGCCAGCACAGCACACGGAAACGCCGUUUACCUUCCCGCUAUAAAGCGGUCCCUAUUUAUCUACUUGCACCCGGGGGUGCUUUCAAACUGCUAGGUGGGCAGGAGCUGGGACCGAAAGACGGGAGCUCACCCCGCCGUGGGGAUUCGAACCGCCGACCAUGCGAUCGGCAAGUCCUAGGCACUGAGGUUUUACCCACAGCACCACCCGCGUCCCUAUAUAAGAGUGUUCCAACUACUCUUAUACAAAGUUUAGGUUUCAGGCAACUUGCCAAAUGGCAGUCAAUAGAAAAGGAGAUAAAGACUUUCAAUUUCCUUGUGGUUGUGCAGGAGGUGGGGAUGCUGUGCAGUGCUUGGCUUGCUUUCAUCAGGACCCAUUAUAGUUUGUUGUGAUGUCCAAAUGCAGUUAUUCUUAACAAAUCAUGGUCAUGAUGUUUUGGGUGGUUUCUUUUUUCAAGCUUUGACCCUGAUGACUUUGCCCUAAACAUUCUGUUUGUUCUCUGCAGCUGCUUGCCAGACAGUAUUAUCUCUGCCUGUUGAUUUUGACAUAGAAAAAAUACUAGGUAUGUAAUGUGGGGAGAACUGCUCAUCUAGAUCCAGUCUCUGUAGAAAUGGGUACGAUGGGAGUUUUAUUGAGGUGAUGGUGGCAAUGGUAAUGCCAUCGUUCCCUCUGUUCCUGCUGUCUAGUCUUGGGUGCCAUUGCUUAUGAAGAAGGUACUGGCACACUCAGGGGAAGCCCCAAGUUUUGAGGAACUACAAAACAUCUUUAGGAAAUAAGCCCUAAGAAGGCGACACACAACUCAGUGAGCUCUGAGUGUAAUUCAUGGCCAUGAAGUGCUGAGUGGUUUUGGGGAAGGGGAGACAGAAACCAGGUGAGAGGGAGAAAUGAAUGAAAUAUGGUAGAAACUAUGAGCCAGAGCUCUCCGUGCUGCAACACCUUUUUCAUUGGUUCUAGUUGUUUAUAUAUAGGUUGCAUCCAGUGCUGGUUCUGCUUGGAGUAAAGCCACUGAAAUUAAUAAGCGUUGUCAGAGCUGCUUCCAGAUCCUAGCUCACAGAGGAUCACGCUAGCCAGUGAUCAUUAAACAAAAGUCUUUAUUGAGUUACAGUUUCCAUUCUCAAACUGCUGCGUGCAACUCUACGUCUCAUGGUUAGACCGGCGAAGCUCCGUCUGAGUCUCCGCCCUUGUACACCAACUUAAUAUCCUAGCCCUGCUCCACCUUUUCCGCCUGACUGUUCUUCUCUGGGUCCCUCUGCCCCUGGGGUCUCUUCUUUCCGGGAUUCCUCUGACGCUGACGCUCCUGACUCUUCUCCCUCCUUUCGGCGGGCUUUAGGACCUGGCUCCCUUCCGGGCUGCCUACUGUGCCACCUUCCUGUGCAUUUGAACCUAGCGCGCGCGCCCAACCUUCCACCUUCCGUCUGACCGUUUCUUCGCUCCCCGAUGGAGGUGUGGCCACUCCUGACUCGUGCCCUCUCCCCUGUUGUGAGCUGCCAGCGCUUGAUCCCUGGCUCCCUUCCUCUUCCCUGCUCUCUGGCGGUGACGCUGGUCCCGAUUUCCAACUGCUCCCCUCUGAGUCCCCUCUGGCUCCUAUCUUCCUGGGGCGUCCCCUAGGCUCCCCCUUGCCCUGGCCACUGGUGCUCCUUUCUGUGAAUCUUCUGAUUCACUGGAAAGACUCGGAGAUCUCGGGUCGUCGUCAUCACUCAUCUUUUCUUCUGCCUCCUCCCCCUCGCUCUCUGUUUCCUCCCUUGCCCUUGCCUCUGCUCCUGAACCCCUGACAAGCGUGUUCUAUUAAAUUCAGUGGGUCUGAUUAACACUUGGUUAGAUGCAAACCAUAAUUUUGAACCUUCCUUGAACACUUCAUAUUUCCGAUCUCCAUGAAAUCACCACAACUGUGUAAGGAAAGCUUGGCGUUCUUCCUUUCCCCCCAUAGCACAGAGUUCUGAGGCUGUGAGGUUAUCUGGUGCCACACAGCCAGCUCACGACUGAAGGAAGAGUUGAACGAGAGACUUGUGGCAAUGCCUGCACUGCCCUAUGCAGAUCCUCAGCUGUCUCUGUGGCGAUGCUGCAGUGCAUUGUGGGUGGGAGAUUCGACUGCAAUCCUGUGUGUGUACUCAUACCCCAUGGGUUUUAAGUAGCCCUAAAUGCACUCCUAAGGGCUUCAAAGGGCUGUGCUAAGCCGGCUGCUGGAUUUUGUAAUAGCUUUUCCUUCGUGCUUUAUUAGAUUUACAGUGGUACAUCGGGUUAAGAACUUGAUUUGUUCCGGAGGUCUGUUCUCAACCUGAGGUAGCACUUUAGCUAAUGGGGCCGCGCGAUUUCUGUUCUCAUCCUGAAGCAAAGUUCUUAACCCGAGGUACUAUUUCUGGGUUAGCGGCGUCUGUAACCUGAAGCGUCUGUAACCCGAGGUACCACUGUACUUAUUUAAUGCUAGCUACGUAAGGAAUAACAACUUGACUUCCAGCAACUGUGUGGAAAUGGUUUCCUUGACAGCUGUGAUUCUUGCGUUCCUCAGGUGAAUAUUUUAAACCCGAUGAAUUGGCCGACCAGUCUCAGGAAAGCUUGAGCACUUCCUCGUUGAGGAGAAAGCUUUUUUUAGACGAGAACGGAAGCCUCUCGUCGGAGAGCUUCUCCCCUUCUCCUCAGAGUCCACACAAUGUCCCAGCCUCUCUUGGAGUACUGUGUUCAAUUGACAUCUCACCAGUCCGCUGUAGAAGCCCUCUAAAUACAUCCAGCUCGGUAAGGAGUUUGCGCUUGGCAGUGUGGUAGCAUGCCUAUGAAACAAGCAACUUGGUGGGCUGGUGCCCUUUAGAUGUUGCAGAGGACAGCUCCUGGCCAGUGCUGCUGAUCCAGGUGCACAGGUGUUUGCUGGUGGUGGGCUUCAGCCGAGCUAUGUUUAGUGUCAUUGGCUGGUUGAAUGCCGAGAAAUGGUGGGAGGAAGUAGCAGGGGAACCCCCAAGGGAAGAAGGCUCAGAGCCUGGGAAAUGGUGGUGGGAUAACCAUGAGUGGUCAGAAGGAGCAGACUGGGACUAUAUGGAACUUGCCGAACUGACCGGGAGCCUCCGAGAGGGAAGAGACGGUGGGAGAAGAUUGGAAGAAGUUUAAGGAAUAUUUGGGGGGGGAAAUGUUAAUAUUUAAAUCUUAGAAUAGCUUUGGAAGUGGAUAUAGGCGGUAGGAUUAGAAGUAGAAGGUAAUGUAUUUUAUAAGUGAUAAAAUGUGAAGUUUUUUAUGGUUAAAGUAAGUGUGGGGGAGGAAAUAUGGUUAGAACUUAUGAUAUAUGUAAACUGCUAAAGAUGAAGUAAAAUGAAAAUCAGAUAGGUGGGACUUGGGGAAGCCCACUUAACAAUGUUUAGAGAAAUAAGGAUAUGACAAGAAUUUGUUUGUAUUGUGUUUUUUUCCUGUCUGUGUUUUUUAUUUGUGUUAUAAAAUGAAUGAAAAUUUUUUGAAAAACAAAACAAGGAGCAGACUGGGAGGAGGUGGUGUCAGAAGCAGAAGAGGUAACAGGACUUAGUGAGCUGGGAGAGUCUGUGACAGAGAAAGUUCAGAAUUAGAGGCAGAAGCUUAAAACAGGAGAGGAGGGAGGCAAAGAGGCAGAGAUGCAUCAGGCUGGUGAAAAGGCAUGAAUAUUUCUCCUCCUGCUACAAGCUUCCCCCGCCUCGGUCUCCCAGAACCAGGAGAGGCGUUAAAAGGACGGAGGAGAGAUUAGUGACAUACAGGCGCAGUCUCAAAUUGCUUUGGAGAAACCCUGGUGAAGAGGGGACUUAGGUAGCUGUGGGGAGGCAGGGACCUUCUGUCUCGGCAGCUGCUUCAUGGGGCAAGACCUGUUGGAGAUGUGUCGCCGCGCUCAUUACCCCGAUGCUCCUGUGCAGAUCCUUUAUUUUUGCUAAUAAAGAGCUAGCUUCACUUCCUUUGUGUGGUUUACUGCUAGCUCGCAGUGCUUACCGUUCCUAUUUGUAGGAAGGAAAAAAACUAAUCACUGUGGUUCAUUAGGAAUCCCAACAGCUUUUCCUAUCCUUGCUUUGACUCCUUUCAGCUCCAGCCAGUGGUCAGGCAUGGUUGACGCUGGAGCCCAGGAAUAUCCAGAGGGCCACAAGUUCCCUAGCCUCACAUUAGAGGAUUUAGUUUCUACCUUGCUGAAUCAACAUCACGUGGCUGUUGUAUCCCUCUGGAAAACUUGUGCAUCAAACUGCUUUUUGGUACACAUUGUUUGGCCACACCAUAGUAGAAGUCGACUUUCAGAAAUUCAGGCACCAGCCAUGAGUUUGGAAUGUGCAUAGACACACUGAGGAAUUCAACGCAGAGUGACUACAAACAUUCUGUCAGAGAAAGCAAUUCUGCCCCCGCCACAUGCUGCUCUGGGGGUUAUCCUACCCUCAUCCCGAGACAUCCUGAGGCAGGGGUGUGGUGUUGCACUAGUCAAGAGUCCUUGCACGGGCUUCCACUAGCAGAAUCAGUUUGCUGAAUCGGGUCCAGUGUGUGAACCCUUGGAAUCCAAAUAGAAUUUUGAGCAGGGAUUCUCACAGCUAGGAAGAGGUCUUCUGUGUCUGUUGGAGUUUUCUAGUUCUUCCUUGUAUUCUGAUGAACUGUGGUUCUUGCCAUAUUUCUGACACACUGCUGAGUUGGAGGCCCUAUUUGAAUCAAGCCAGCGUGCUUAAUUUUGAGCUCAAGAAGGGUGGUGGCCUUCUUUGGUGGCAAUAAUUGAAAGAGUUGGGCUGUGGGAUGUUUCAAGUUUCACUGGCGUUGACUUAUCCUCUGAGGCCUUCUCUAUGUGCCUCCUCUGUGAGAGAUCUGGAGGGCAGACAAAAUGAGAAGGGGCCUUUUCUGCAGUGGCUCCCUGCUUGUGGAAUGCUCUCCCUAAGGAGACUCUCCAGGCACCUUCAUUACAUAUCUUUAGGUGCCAGGCAGAAACAUUCCCCUUCUCCCAGGCCUCUGGCUAAUGAGCCAGUCUUUGGCCUUUUAAACUGAUGGAGGGGGCGGGUAUUCCUUUUGUUUGUUACCAUGUUGUGCAUUUUUGUGUUUUUAUAUUGUAAACAACGCUCUGCUCCUUGGAUGAAGGGCAGUAUAGAAAUAGAAGAGAGUGAGCCAUUCUAGGUGUGCAACUGUUUAACCUUCUUUGGAACUUUUCUUCCAUGUUGAAAGGGCCAGUUUUCCUCCAGCCCAAUUCAGGGAGGCUCCAGGACCUGCAGUCUGGGAAGCUUGCCGAGUCCUUCGUUUCCAGAGAGGAGUCCUGCAAAUAUUCCUUCUCCAGCUUUUUCCCCGAUUGGCAUUCAGAUAAGAAAGACACCACUGUCAGGUAUUUUGCAAUUUUGCUUAAGUGGUUGACCAGACUGAUUUGCUUUGCAUGCUUUUAACCACUUGGGGCUGGGGGCGCUUUGGGACAAAAGUAGUGGCGUAGAAAUAAACCCUAAUAAUACAUAAUGCAUUUGAUUGGCCCAUUUCAUCUUUGAACUGGAACUGAGCCAAGAAAACUUCCCUAAUAUACAGUUCUGAGCGUCAGAAAGCUUUCCCAUUUUCCUAUGAUUUUUCUGUCCUAACAAGCCUGAAAUCUACAAUAAGGUGGUUGCUGUUUUGUCUUGCAUUUUGCAUCCCAGAAUAUUUGUAACCCUUCCCCCCCCUCCCCAGUCUCCUUUAGGAAUUUACUGUUUGGAAGCGGUUUCACUUAUUAUCUGUUCAUGUUUCUCCCCCCCCCCCCCACUUUCCCCAAAUGCAGAUCAAAGACAAUUUACUUUUCGCUCUCCAGACAUUCCUUCUGUUUCUAACUCCUGCCGACUAACUCCUGCCGGCACCAGGAAUUCUUACACAGAAUGCUCUCCAUUAAAAAGUUGUUCCCCCAUGAGACUUGUGGCCCGCAGAGGAACGACAUUUUAUCAGAGCUCCCUUGUUUGUCUGCCUUUGGCACCUGAAAGUUUGAGCGAAGGGCAGGAGGAGGGAGCCAAGGCUUUGCCCGCAGAAACGUCCUUCCCAGCAGAAUCGAAGGUCAACUUGCACCCAUUGAACGGGGAUGCGUUUGCGCAUAGCACCCAUUUGGUGGUUGCCCGGGUGUCGAUCUCACCAGACGUGCCUGAAGCCCGCAAGGAAGGGCUGACGUUUCUCCACGACCCGGGUAGUUUCAAGGAAAACUAUACGGUGGAUAUGGUUGAUCCGGAGAUGUUGGACGAGAACUUGGUAAAGGGAUUGGCGGAGAAUAGUGGCACGCCAAUGGCUGGCUUCAGUAUUGAAAGUUCUUGCAUGUGCAUGUCGCCUCUAGCUGAAAGCAGCGCCAGUCCCUGCGAGAGCAGUAGCAUGCAGGUAAGGCUACUGCCUUGAUUUUUUACGCAUUCUGGGCCCUGCACACUUGGAACUGUAUCUUCAUACCUUGGGUCCAUUGUGGUCUCUCAAAUUUAGUGAGGGUGCCAUCUUGAAUACCGUGUUUUUUCGCUCUAUAAGACACACUCUUCCCCUCCAAAAAUUAAGGGGAAAUGUGUGUGCGUCUUAUGGAGCAAAUUCAGGCUCCUUGGCUUCAGCGAUAGCAACACACUCCUGGCUUCAGCGAAAGGAACCUGAAGCCUCCGGAGCGCAGCCGGAACUCCCGCUGCGCUCCAGGGGCUUUGGGUUCCUUUUGCUGAAGCCAGGAGAACAAGACUCUCCUGGCUUCAGCAGAGAGGGAGAGCUGCGCAGCGCCCCUUCAGCGAAGCGGGAGGAGAAAUGGAAGGGGCUCCGUUUCUCCUGCCGCUUCGCUGAAGGGGCGCUGAGCAGAGAAGGGGAUAAUUUUUUUCUUCUUGUUCUCCCCCUCUAAAACAAGGUGCGUCCUAUAGAGCAAAAAAUACGGUAUAUGCUGGAAACCAUGUCUGUACAACUAGGGGAUGGGAACCUGUGGCCCUCCAAAUGUUGCUGGACUCUCAACUCUCAUCAAUUCCCAGCAACAUCUUGAGUACCACAUGUUCCCCAUGUCCAGCCUUCCAGCAGCUGCUAUUCAUGCUACAUCUAAAUGGAAACUCCCAUGUUCAGCACCAGUAUACCUUUAGCCAAAGGGGGGAAGUUGUUGUUUUCCAUGCUCUGCUUGUGAUGCUUGGAGGUGUCUGGCUGGCUGCUGAAAACAAUGCUGUUGUUAUUCAGCAGAAUUAUUAUUUUCAGUAAUCUUUUCCCUUGGAGACUUGCUGGGAUCCAUGUAUUUUUCUAGAUGUGUUGAAAGAGGUGUGUAUGUACGCAUAGGAAAAGACACACAUUCCCUGUAGGAAACUAGCAGCCUUGUACCUGGCGUUGGUCAGGAAUCCAGUCAGCCAUCUUGAUUCAAAAUGGAGUCCUGUUGUGUCCACACAUAAACAGAACCAUGUUCCUUGAUCUCAGGAACCCCUCUACGCAAAAGAUAUGAAUGAUAUGGAGAGUUGGUGUAUUUGUGAGGACACGAAGAAAUGAGAGAGGGCACAGAGACGGAAAACAAGCAAACACCAGUUCUGAAAGUUAAAUUAUUCUUGUAACACCUGGUUCAAGGGAGGGAAAAAGACAAAAACUGAACUGCAGGAUAACACUGCAUUCUUAUGCCUGAAGUAUUCAGUUGUAAGGUUAAAAAUACAACCAAAAUGUCUCUUUAGCUAUGGCUAUAUCCAUAGUUUCUUGGGUGACCCUUUUCAGUGGUAAUCUUUUGGCUGUGCUGUGCUUAGGCAGAAACACUGGAGGAAAUCCUUUAGCCAAGAAUAUUUCUCCUAGGGACACUUCCAUGUACAGUAAGCCCACAAUGUAAGCCCACAUUUAACUUGUGCACAUUCAGAUUUAUGUGUGUGGCUAAAAAUAAAAGUGGAAUUGAAAAGAGGCAAGGUUCUGGGGGAAAUGACUUUGGCAAUCCCACCCACCGUCAAACCCAAUGAGUUUUGGCUUUAGGUGCAAUCCCCGGAACGUAACCCCCACAUAAGUUGCAGACUUCCAGUACAUCAAUGGACAAUUUGUUGUGACUUGUUCUGUCUGAAAUGGAAGAAAACAAGCUUUCCUCUUCUUAAGCUUCCCAUUUGUGGCUUGGUUUGGACCAGCGGAGGCGAUGGACCCCUGUUCUGCCAAGCCAUCUUGUCUUAUCAGGGUGAUGGCAAUGCUAGGUUUUUGUCUUUUGGUAUGCUGUAAUUUCUCCAUCUUUUGCUGCUUUUUAGAAACUGAUGAAUAUCACAUCUCUUCUCUCAUUUCUGUUCGCCAGGCGGACAGUGGUUACAGCACUCAGACUUGUACUAGCAGUCUGAUGGACACAGCUGCAUCGGAGACGAGUUGCCGAGACAAUGACACUCACGUCUGUGAGACUCGGAAGAAAUUUCAUGUUUACAAAACAAAGGUAGGAGUGGUAUUAGCUAAAGCAUCUGUGUUUUUUGUGUAGGUUUCUAGCCCUUAUGCUUCCAGAGACACGACUGCAAGCAUGUGAGAGGGGCCUCUUGAAAUCUCUGAAGCCAGACCGAUGGCAAAGAAAUUCUGUGCAUGUCUAUUUGGCAGUCCUAGAAAAGUAUAUGAGGAUUUAACUCCCUGUGGAGUAUAGGAUUUUUCAGCCUGAGACAUCUAGUGGAUUUAAAAAACUGUAAAAAUAAUAAUACUGCCCACCUGUGUUAGUAACAUUCUUAACAGUUCUGAAUUAUUUUUGUUCCUCCCAGUUUUAUCCUUGCAGUUAGUGUAGCUGCACUCUGCCCCCAGCACCUUCACAUUCAUUUUAAUCAAAUAUAAUAAUAAUAAUAAUAAUAAUAAUAAUAAUAAUAAUACCCCGCCCAUCUGGCUGGGUUUCCCCAGCCACUCUGGGCGGCUUCCAACAAAAGAUUAAAAUACAGUAGUCUAUUAAACAUUAAAAGCUUCCCUAAACAGGGCUGCCUUCAGAUGUCUUCUGAAAGUCUGGUACAGUGGUACCUCGGGUUAAGAACUUAAUUCGUUCUGGAGAUCUGUUCUUAACCUGAAACUGUUCUUAACCUGAAGCACCACUUUAGCUAAUGGGGCCUCCUGCUGCUGCCGGAGCACGAUUUCUGUUCUCAUCCUGAAGCAAAGUUCUUAACCCGAUGUACUAUUUCUGGGUUAGUGGAGUCUGUAACCUGAAGCGUAUGUAACCCAAGGUACCACAGUAGUUGUUUAUGUCUCUGACAUCUGGUGGGAGGGCGUUCCACAGGGCGGGUGCCACUACCGAGAAGGCCCUCUGCCUGGUUUCCUGUAACUUUGCUUCUCGCAGUGAGGGAACCGCCAGAAGGCCCUUGGCGUUGGACCUCAGUGUCCAGGCAGAACGAUGGGGGUGGAGACGCUCCUUCAGGUAUACUGGAGCUGUUUCACGUGAUGUGACUCUGAAGCAGCACUGAAGUUCUCCCAUUCUUUUCACCAUGAUAAACUUCACAGAGAAGCAAAGGUCUAUUGGCUUGGUCCUUAGUUAGCUGCCGCGUUCUUCCCUGGUUAAACUGGUUGAAAGGGAAUGGUCAGGACAGCUGCUGCUUUAAUUGUUGCAGAGAGCAAAUUCCUUUUGGCUUCCUGGAAUAAAUCUAAUUUUGUGCCCUUGUAUUUUCUCUCUCUUUCUCAAGCAAGGAAAAGCCACUCCUAACUUUUGGACUGAAAACGAGCCUGUUACUCAAUCCAGAAACCAUCUUGUAGAAAUGCCACGGUCAAAGUGAUUUGCACAUCCGCUUAUAUGCUUUUUGCAGAGCAACUGUUCACCGUGAAGCUUAAGUGGGGUUUUUGAGAUGCAUGGGAGGAAGACUUGACUGGCACAACUGCUUUCCACUAGCAGAAGGAUUGUUGAGCACAGAGCAUGUGAAAAUGACUCCUGAUAACCCUAAGGCCUGAUCAAAGAGGCCCCUGGUAGCUGGGGUGUCGGCAGGACUGAAUUGAGAUGCUGCUUUGUGGUGGCUGCUCAUAGUUGCCACAAGAAAAGGUUUACCACACCAGAGACAUUCACAUAUCCUCCAUGUGGAGAUUCAGUUCUUGCAAAAGGCACUUCAGCAAAAAAACAUACAGAAUCGUGCAAUGAAAAAUUAUAAGCACCAACAGUAGAAAUUUCCCCGCGUUGUUUGCUUGCUAUGAAAAUGAGUUGUAGUUGUAGAUAAUGAUUGCAUUUUUACUUUUAAAAUCUUGUCAGAAGUGUAUCGUAUCCACUAUAAUACAGUGCAUUGUUUCCUAAUGGUCAUUGGGUGUUGUUUUUUUUACAUAUUAGUGAACACCAAUUGCGUAUUUUAUUCUCUCCCUGCCCCCUCCAAUUUUGGAAUGAAUUGUUAAUCAAAUGUAAUAAAGUCUUCACACCCAGGUU